AUGCAUUAUCAUCCUGCUUACGCAAUGGCAGUACUAUGUACUGUCGGUGGAGUUGCUGGUUACGCUUCCAAAAAAUCGGUACCUUCCAUAGUGUCAGGUGUAGGUAUUGGCAUGGGAUAUGCCGUUGGUGGAUAUUUACUUCAAAAGGAAAAAAAUUAUGGAAAUGAGACGGCCUUCGCUGGGAUCAUGAUUCCUCGAAUGGUUAAAUAUGGUAGACCUAUUCCUAUAUCAUUAAGCAUAUUAUCUGUCGGUAUUGGUACUUAUUAUGGUAAAAAGGUUUACGAUAAUAUGGUCUACGUUAAAAGUAAUGAUAAUGUCGAUGAUAAGAAAACAUAA